AGCGGAGAGCGCUCAGAAAGCACCGCCGCCAACGCCCGCCCGCGAAUCCCAGCCCGGAUCUCCCGGCCCGGCGGCGAUGGCGCUCUCCGACCUCUCCCGCGAGUCGCUCCUCCCCAGCUUCCUCUACUCCGCCUCCCCCUUCACCGCCGCAUCACGCCUCGCCUCCUCCGCCUCCUCCUACCAGGCCGCGGCUGGGGCCCCGGCUCCCCCCGCCUCCGCCUUCGGCGGCGCCGCACGCGGCGGAAAGCCCUUCUCGAUCAACUCCCCCAACGAGAAGAUCGAGAUGUACUCUCCAGCCUUCUACGCCGCCUGCACCGCCGGGGGGAUCGCCAGCUGCGGGCUCACCCACAUGGCCGUCACCCCGCUCGACCUCGUCAAGUGCAACAUGCAGAUCAACCCAGAGAAAUACAAGAGCAUCUCAUCUGGGUUCGGUGUGCUGCUAAAGGAGCAAGGAGCAAGGGGAUUCUUCAGGGGAUGGGUGCCUACCUUGCUUGGUUACAGUGCCCAGGGGGCCUGCAAGUUUGGGUUCUAUGAGUUCUUCAAGAAGACCUACUCAGACAUGGCUGGGCCUGAGAAUGCCAUCAAGUACAAGACCCUGAUUUACCUUGCAGGGUCAGCUUCUGCUGAGCUGAUUGCUGAUGUCGCUCUCUGCCCCAUGGAGGCUGUCAAGGUCCGUGUGCAGACACAACCUGGAUUUGCUCGUGGUUUGAGCGAUGGGCUCCCCAAGUUCAUCAAGGCUGAGGGUGCUGCUGGGCUUUACAAGGGAAUUGUUCCACUCUGGGGUCGCCAGAUUCCUUACACCAUGAUGAAGUUUGCUUCCUUCGAGACCAUCGUUGAACUCAUCUACAAGCACGCUGUUCCAGUUCCAAAAUCUGAGUGCAGCAAGUCUUUCCAGUUGGGUAUCAGCUUUGCUGGUGGCUACAUCGCUGGUGUCUUCUGUGCCAUUGUUUCUCAUCCAGCUGACAACUUGGUGUCUUUCCUCAACAAUGCCAAGGGUGCUACAAUGGGAGAUGCUGUUAAGCAGAUUGGUGUUCUGGGCCUCUUCACCAGAGGGCUCCCCCUUCGCAUUGUCAUGAUCGGUACUCUUACUGGUGCCCAGUGGGGAAUAUACGACGCCUUUAAGGUCAUGGUUGGACUUCCAACUACCGGUGGUGUUGCACCAGUUCCUGCAGUAGAGGAAGGGAAAGCCAUCGCUUGAUUUUCUCUGCUAUGAUGAUGAUGAUGAUGAUGUGUUGUUGGAUAUCGUAUCGGUGGUUGGGACUGUAUCAGUUUAGUUACGCCAAAUGUUUUAUUCUUGUAGCAGAUGAUCAUUGUGUCAUCAUUUUGAUGAGAGGAACUCAUUAAGCAGGCCUAGUAGCUCUUUUUUGCCGCCCUACUCCGGAAGUUUGAUUUUGACAAAAAUAAGUAUUAGGACAGCAAGGGUGUUAGAGAGCAGGUUUUGCCAUCAUCGCCUGUUCUGAGGAAUACUCUACUUACACAUUGUUGUUUACCUCGUAUUUAUGCUGUCGAAUUUGUGGAAUGCCAGCUUCUGACAUGCAAUAUUUUGCUGGCGCAGAAGUAUAUUUAUAUACUUGCAGUACUAGUUAUUUUU